GAUUCAUAUAUAUAAAUAAAAAAUAAAAUGUUUGCACAUUGUUCUUUAUCGCAUUCACACGCUCUCAACACUCUCAAAAAGAAACAAAAACGAAAACGAAGGUUUCAGCUUCCUGACUCUGACUUUUCUCCUAUUCUAUCUCACCUUCAUCAUCACCUUCCUCUUCUUCUUCCAUCACCAUUGUUAAUUCACUUCAAAUUUCAAACCCUUUUUUCCUUUUUCCCAAUUUCUCAAUUCCAUUUUUCCCAAAUCAUAAACUUCUUUCCUUAAUUGCUUAAUCCGUAAGUUCUCAGGGUAGGGAUUAAAACCCCCAAAAAUUACGUUUUUUGAUAUUUUUAAUUAAUAAUUAACCCCAAAAUUGGAAAAUAGUUUGGAUUGAAGAAAGAUCAAAUAAUUAGAGGUAUUAUACAGUGAAGAAUUGAAGAUUAGGGUUUUUUAAUUUGUGCCAAAGAUGGCAACUUUGGAUGGUAAUUCAGACCAAUAUGCUAAUGUUUCUUCUAAUUCACCAUCAUUAUCAUCAUCAUCAUCUUCUUCGUCGUCGUCGUUUGGAGGGGUUAAUAGUGAUGAUAAUAAUGGUAGUGUAACUUGGUACGGAAUGAGGUUACCUUCUGUUAAUCCCUUUUUGUCACCACUUUCGUUUUUAUUGGAUUAUUCUGGAAUUCUCCGAUCAAACAAUGAUUCUGAGGUUAUGAUUGUCAACAAUGGAGUUUCUGGUUCGGAAAUACGGCCUCGGGUUGAUUCCGCUGCGGCUGUUGGUGAGAGCAGUGCAGGUGAAGUUGCGAUAAGGAUAAUUGGAGCUGGAGAGCAUAUUCAGAAUCAGGUUGGAGAAGUGGGUUAUGAUGAUUGUGGUGAGGAUCUGGUUGGUGAGAGAAGUGGAAUUCCUGCAUUGGAUGAUGGUGAAGCCGAGGGACGUGGUGGAAUUGAGACUAGUGAGGGGGUUCCCCUUGUGUCUUCGCCUUCAUCGUCGUCAUUGGCUGGUAGUGGACAGGUUGAUGGUGAUACUUCUGGGAAUGGAACAGAAAAUAACAGCAGGGAUUCGUCUUCUUAUCAGAGAUAUGAUAUUCAGCUGGUUGCUAAGUGGAUUGAGCAGAUUCUUCCUUUUUCGCUAUUGUUAUUGGUUGUUUUCAUCCGACAGCAUUUGCAAGGUUUCUUUGUCACAAUUUGGAUAGCAGCUGUGAUGUUCAAGUCAAAUGAAAUUGUUAAGAAACAGACAGCUUUGAAGGGAGAUAGGAAAGUCUCUUUGCUUGCUGGUAUAUCUAUUGCUUUCAUUCUUCACGUGAUAUGCAUUUACUGGUGGUAUCGAAAUGAUGAUAUUUUAUAUCCACUGGUCAUGUUACCUCCAAGUCCAACACCUUUCUGGCAUGCAAUAUUCACCAUCUUGGUCAAUGAUAUAUUAAUGCGGCAAGUUGCAAUGGCUUUUAAGUGUAUCCUACUUAUAUAUUACAAAAAGGGGAAAGGUCAUAACUUUCGUCGACAGGCUCAAAUGUUAACUCUUGUUGAGUACACGCUGCUUUUGUAUCGUGCCUUGUUGCCAACACCAGUUUGGUACCGGUUUUUCUUGAAUAGGGAAUAUGGCAGUCUCUUUUCGUCACUGACCACAGGAUUGUAUUUAACUUUCAAGCUAACAUCCGUUGUUGAGAAGGUCCAAUGCUUCAUUUCGGCCGUGAAAGCGUUAUCAAGAAAGGAAGUUCAUUAUGGGGUCUAUGCCACAGCGGAACAGGUAACAGCUGCUGGUGACCUAUGUGCUAUAUGCCAGGAGAAGAUGCAUUCCCCAAUCUUGCUACGUUGUAAACACAUUUUCUGCGAAGAUUGCGUAUCUGAGUGGUUUGAGAGAGAAAGGACUUGCCCUCUAUGCAGAGCAUUGGUUAAAGCAGCUGAUCUUCGGACCUUUGGAGAUGGAUCAACAAGUUUGUUUUUCCAGUUGUUUUAAUAAACUCGUGAUCUUUUUGUUGGAUCAUAGUUUUUAAACCAACCUCUACUUAUAAAGUAUCAUGUUUUUUUCUUACGUUGAUUCGGUAAGAUUUUUCAUCAAAGGCAUGAUUAUGGAUUAAAAGUUCGCGUUCAGUUGCAACGAUGUCAGAUGUACAAAUUAAGGGCUUUGCUCAGCUGUCGGAUACUCAACAUCGUGGGAACCUGCUAACCUAUAUAUUCCUCAUAUACUAAGCUGUUGAACACUAAUUUGUUCAUAAUGUUAUAUUAUUUUGACAUUAAUCCCUUUUUCUUUAAGGUUUGUAUAUGUAUUUGCACAGGCUUUAUUCAAUUAUGUUAACUACGUUGUUGCACUUGCAAGUGCUGAAAUUACCAUAUGUAACAUAUAAGAAAUUAAUCCCUUUUGGACGUGCUGAAAAUGAUUGUCAUGUUUUUUCUUUU